UUUUCCAAUCAUUUCAUCUUCAAAAUUCUUUGAACACGAGCAUGCAAGAGAACUGAAGUCCGAACACGAAGAGAACCUGCCAGAAAAAAGAUUAACAAUCUCAACAAAAUACUAGAACCCGCAUCUGUAAAUUCAACUAUCCAUUUACUUUGCCACUUGGGAAGAUUACAAGAUGCUCUAAAACUCAUCUUCUCUAACCCAACCCACUCGGAUUAUUCUCUGUAUUCAAAAAUUUUGCAGCUUUGCAUCCACAGAAAGGCAAAAAUGGAAGGCCGUUUGAUUCAUGGUCAUCUUUUAACCAAUGGGCUUCAUUCAAAUGCAUAUUUAAACACAAAUUUAGUUAUAUUCUAUUAGAAGCUCGGUGACAUGGUUGACUCCCGUAAAGUGUUUGAUAGAAUGUCUGAGAGGAGUUUGGUCACUUGGACAGCGUUGGUAUCUGGGUAUUCUCAAAAUGGGUACUCAGAGGAAGCUCUUGUGGUGUUUUCAGCAAUGCAUAGGAUUGGUGUUAAGGCUAAUCAGUUCACUUACGGGAGCGCUUUGAGGGCAUGUACGAGUAUGAUGUGUUUGGACAGAGGGAACCAAAUUCAAGGAUGUAUUCAGAAGAGUAGGCUUGUGAAGAACUUGUUUGUGCAGAGUGCAUUGGUUGAUUUGCAUUCCAAGUGCGGGAAAUUGGAAGACGCUUGUUACAUUUUUGAGUCGAUGCCGGAGAGGGAUGUGGUUUCUUGGAAUGCGAUGAUAGGUGGGAAUGUUGUUCAGGGUUUUGCUGAUGAUGCCUUACGGUUGUUUCGUUCAAUGCUUAGAGCAGGUACGAUCCCUGAUUCCUUUACCUUGGGUAGUAUUAUGAAAGCCUUUGUUGGAGGAAGCAGUCUGAUGAAGGUCAUCCAGAUACAUGGAUUCAUCAUUCAACUGGGCUGUGAAUCACAUAAUGUUUUGAUUGGAUCACUGAUUGAUGCAUAUGCAAAAUGUGGGAGUGUUAGAAUAGCAUAUCGGAUUUACAAGAGUACGCUAAAAAAAGAUACAAUGGCGUGCACUGCAUUAAUCACUGGAUAUGCAAGUGAAGAUAUCUAUAGUAGAGAUGCCUUUGAUCUCUUCAAUGAAAUGCGUCAGAUGCAUAUGGGAAUUGAUAAUGUUAUAUUAUGCUCUAUCCUCAAUAUAUGUGCCGAUACAGCAUCACUGGACUUGGGAAGACAAAUUCAUGCCUUGGUGGUGAAAUGUCAAUCCAAACAUGAUGUAGCCAUGGGAAACACUCUCAUUGAUAUGUACUCAAAAUCUGGAGAAAUUGAAGAUGCUGAACAAGUUUUCAAUGAGAUGAAGCAGAAAAAUGUUAUUUCAUGGACGUCAUUGAUUGCCGGAUAUGGGAAGGAUGGCUACGGGCAUAAGGCGAUUGCGAUGUAUAAGAAGAUGGAAUAUGAGGGGUUGAAACCAAAUGACGUUACAUUCCUGACUCUUCUCUUCGCUUGUAGCCAUGCUGGCUUGACUACUGAAGCAACGGAAUGCUUCAAUAACAUGAUUGGUAAAUACAAUAUCUUGCCAAGGGCUGAGCACUAUUCUUGUAUUGUGGACAUCUUUGCCCGUGGAGGGAAGUUAGAAGAAGCCUAUAUUCUAAUACAAAAGAUGAAUAUUAAGCCUAAUGCCUCACUUUGGGGUGCUAUUCUUGGGGCAUGCAACAUCUAUGGUGAUAUGUCUCUUGGAGAAGUAGCAGCCAGGCAUUUGUUUAAUAUAGAACCUGAGAAGUCGGUCGACUAUGUGGUUUUAGCAGGAACAUAUGCUGCAGUUGGCUUGUGGGACAGUGUUUGGAAGAAAAGGAAAUUAACGGAAGAGAGAAGUCUAAUAAAGUAUCCGGGAUACAGCCUUCUUCGGUCCAUUAAAAAGAGGGUGCCUCUUUUGCAGCCAAAAGUGAAAAUGCUGCACUGAACUGCAUACAUUUCUUGUCCUUAUUGGGUUUGAUGCAAGUCGUGUAUUGAUGCCACAAGAGAAUUGCUGGAGAUGGUUGUUUCAUCAUAAUAUAUUAAUGAUCCAAGGACAUCAAGGAGGUUUUGGAUAGUACUACCCUGAUCAGAUUGUCAUGCAGUCAUACUUCUUAGUUUCUAUAAAUUCAGAUGUCAGGAGGAUGCUGUUCACUGCUAGUUAUUUGAUUUUUCUCCGGAAUCAGAGCUGAGAGUUGAACACCAAGCAGCCUGCUGGUAGAAAGGAACAAUGCAUCGAUGGUAGCUCACAAUGUGAGUUUCUUCAUAUUAUGUAUGUUAUAUAUUGUUAGCAUUUGAUUUCAUAAAUUUGUAUGUUUUAAAUUCACUAGAUCAAUGGAGCUGAAAUUAUCAAGUAGCAAUUACAGACAUCUCUUUGAAAUUGGCUGUUGUGACUGUUGUUGAUGGGUAAGCUAUAGUUGUGUAUCUUACUUGUGUCAGAGUUUGACUGAAAUUUAACAACCAGAUCUUCUCAAUGUGGAAUGGGGUGUGUAAACAUUCUCAUCUGCAUGUACAAUUGAGACACAAAAAUGUACCAACUAGUGGUUGCAGAGAAGCUUUUGAGAGAUGACGGAUAUGGAGGAACAAAAUUGCUGAUAGAAGGGUAUUAAUGUGUAAAGCAUCAUCCAAGUUGGAAUGAAAACUAGCUGAUCUUGGUGGAGAUUGAGCAGAAAUGCCAUUGUUAAAUCAUGCAAGUGUUCUUUAACUUCGCAGAUGUCUCAAGUGAUAUUUAAUCGCACGUAAUAUAUUAGAGUUCUGUAAGAGCGAUUAGCCUUUGCAACCAUCUUCUUCUCCUACUAUACUUUUUGGACGUGUAAUUCUCAGUUAUGUUUGCACACGUGUACAGUCUAAAAAAUUUGUAGUACCUAAGACUAUCUUGUUUGGUUGUAUAUUUGUACAUUUGUACAUCUGAUGAUGAAGUUGCCAUAUUGCAAAUUAUUUAUUUAUUU